UGAAUUUUCACAACUGGCCCGAAAACCGACAUCUUGGAAAAGGAGGGCAGACUACUGAUCACACUGCCUGAAGAGACCGACUGAUUACCGGCUUCAUGGACACAUAUACCGCCACCUGGAGGCUGGCGGAUAAAUAGCGUGAACUCUGCAGAUGCGGAGGGUCUGACCGAGAGGAGGGAGAGGACUGUCCCUUCUGUUGUGGAAAUGAGAAGCGUCUGAGGCAAGCAGGCAAACAAGCAGGCAGGCUUGAUAGGGGCUGGGCUGAUGACAGCAUCCUCUACCGCUCCACACCUGACCGACUCCAUCAGAUACACAGAUGAUGGAGCUCUCCGCGCUGCCGGGUUAUUAUCCUGUUGCCUCCAUUUCGCACAUCCACUGCCAGACACACGUUCUGAAAAAGCCUUAUCGUUAAUCAGAGUACUUGAACUGUUUUUUUUCGGGUUUGUUUGGGUGUGUGUGUGUGUCUUUAGCUUGGGCUGCCCGCUUUUUAUUUUUUGUGAAUACUGAGCGGUCGGAUCGAGGUGGUCUUUGUUUUCCAGGAAAAGCGAACAAGAGUGGACUGAUUAUGCUGCGUCGCUCGUAAAUACCAGAAAUGGGUGUAAUUGAACCAAGGUUGCGAAUCCUGGCUCGUUCUUGGACCCGAUUUUCGCCGUUCUUAUGGCAAAACAUCUGCCCAAUCCGGGUCUUACACAUCUACAAGUUGGUGCACUGAGCAGGCGUAGUGCGUCAUCUUGACUGUCACCAUCAGUCUCCUCUGGCGUCCAAUCCGCCAGUUGUCCAAAUGGACGCACAUCAUCCAAGGCUAUAGAGGACUAGGACUCCAUUUUACUGAGCUUCAGACAAGCAAACAAAUGGUUCAGUCAAUAGGUACUGGACAGACUCUGCCUUAGGGAGGAUAUCAAUAACACAUUAAUACUCUUUGCACGCUUACAUACACACACACACACACACACACACACACACACACACACACACGCACACACAGACGUAGACCAUGGCUCUGGAGAACUCCAUCUUCCCCUCCCGUCCGGACUCGCUCUCGCUCCCUGUGGAGGAGAAGGUGGAGAGUGAAGAAGUGGAGGUGGCCACGGAGGUCACAGCCUCCACGGGAGUCUUCAACGUAUCGGAGGAGCUGGGCCAUGUCGUCACCACAGAGACGACUUCUUCCCUUCCGAACUCGGCUCCGGUCAAAAGAUCGUUUCAGUCCAAGCUGGCUGAGCGGGAAGCCAAUGCUAAUCAGCACAGGAAGAAGACACAGGGGACGGAGAAGGAGAGGGGACGGUUCGGGUGGGCCCGCACUCGCCGUAAGAGACAGCGCUACGUGGAGAAGAACGGUCGAUGCAAUGUGCAGCAUGGUAACAUGCGGGAGACUUACCGAUACCUGACGGACAUCUUCACCACUCUGGUGGACCUCAACUGGCGUUGCUCGCUCUUCGUCUUUGUCAUGGCCUACGCUGUCACAUGGCUCUUCUUCGGAGCUAUCUGGUAUCUCAUCGCCUACUGCAGGGGUGAUCUCGACCAUCUGGAGGAUGAGACGUGGACGCCGUGCGUGAACAAUGUCAAUGGCUUCAUCUCGGCUUUCCUCUUCUCCAUUGAGACCGAGACCACGAUUGGCUAUGGUCACCGUGUCAUCACCGACCAGUGUCCGGUGGGCACAAUGCUGCUGCUGCUGCAGGCUAUACUGGGAUCGAUGGUUAACGCCUUCAUGGUGGGCUGCAUGUUUGUAAAGAUCUCGCAGCCUAACAAACGAGCCGAGACGCUGGUGUUCUCCAAACACGCUGUUAUCUCGCCGAGAGACGACAAGCUCUGCCUGAUGUUCAGGGUGGGAGACCUUCGAAGUUCCCACAUUGUGGGGGCCAACAUCAGGGCCAAACUCAUCAAGUCUAAGCAGACUCAGGAGGGUGAGUUCAUCCCUCUGGAUCAGACAGACAUCAGCGUGGGCUUUGAGACGGGCGAUGAUCGUCUCUUCCUGGUCUCACCAUUGGUGAUUUCCCAUGAGAUUGACGCACGUUCACCCUUCUGGGACAUGUCGCACGCCCAGCUAGAGAAGGAAGACUUUGAGAUUGUGGUCAUCCUAGAAGGAAUGGUGGAGGCCACUGGGAUGACAUGCCAGGCGAGGAGCUCGUAUCUUGCAGAGGAGGUGUUGUGGGGUCACAGGUUCAGCCCAAUGAUGUCGCUGGCAGAGGGCUUCUUUGACGUCGACUAUGGAGCCUUUCACCACACAUUUGAGGUGGACACGCCAUCCUGCUCAGCACGAGAGCUGUCAUUAGCUGCAGCCAGACUUGACGCUCAUCUCUACUGGUCCAUUUCCAGCAGGCUGGAUGAAGAGCCCACUCUGGCCAACCAGGCGGCCAAGCAGCCAGACAGCGGCUCGGCCAACAGCAAAGGAGGGGAGCCGACCUUCAUCGUCGGGGAGAUGACUGACAUCCAGGAGCAAUCAGGACUGGGCGAGCUGAAUGGCAGCGUUGCCACCGACCAAUCAGAAUCCGAGGCCUAGAACAGAGAAUGUUUACAAAGACCUUCAGUAUAUCGCCACUACCACGCCACAGUUUCCAGACCUUUACUUUCAGGCAACAAGUAGUUUCAUUAGGCUCACUUCUGCAGUAUACUCCAUAUCUUAUGUUACCAUCUGAAAGAGUUUAUUUCUUGAAACUUUUGUCUUUUCUUUGUGCGUUCGUCUUUGUUAAAAGUGUACUGUAUGUGUGCUAUCUCCUUUCGAUUUGUUGUGUUAGCUCCAAUCACCCUUGCCUAUAUCUACAUUUAAAUGACAAUACUAUGCUUUAGGUGGGGUCAACAGCAGGAUAUCCUGUGGACCGAAACAGAAACGUAAUAUGUCCUGCUGGGUAAAAGGAUGGCUUUAUGUGCAGAGUUAACUAUAUAGAUUGUACACAUUUAAAUAGGUACAGUGCAUAGAUGCUUUAUUUUCACAUGCACUAACAUCGACAUGGUAGUAGCCUCACAUUUCGUUAGAUGCAAGGAUUGUUCUGAGAUUUAAUGCACAUCCAUCAGGUGUUAACAGGGUGGGAAAUUAACACCAGCACACAGCCGCUGGUACAUCUGUCUGUUUGGCAACAAACCAUCGUGUGGUGCUAGAAAAAUGUCUGAACACCUAUUUGACCUGACAAAAGUGUAAAAGCAUCUGUGAACAUCGCAGCUGGCUUCCUGCCCAGAGAUUAAGCACUAUUUUCUCUUCAGGGGACACAAAAUGUUAAUGUUUGUUAAAACUACUGAUAGAAAUUUGCUGCACUCGACACAUUACGGUGAGUAGGGUAUGUAAAACCUUUAACGUAGAGACAGGUUAACACUCAAGCGUAUUCGUGGCUUCGUUUCACAUGCAGUGUGUGUACAACGAGGGUAAAUGUAUCUUUUGUCCCCUGCCAAGUAGAAACUUAUAAAGCACAACAGUGUCCUGCUCAAUUCAGCCCAAACUCCUGCUUCUGCUGCUGUGUAUAUAUGUGGUCAUUUUUACUUGAUGUUUUUAAUAUUUAAGAUGAAACAUCAAUUAGAAUGAAUAAACUGCAGUAUAUUCCAGAG